AUGGCUCGGAUGACUGCAGUGGCCAUGCUGCUGCCAGGGCUGCUCGCAGCUGUCCUUCCCGCCAUCCCUGUCAUCGUCAGCAUCAUGCUACGUGCCAGGGAUGCCUGGCCUUUCACCACUGCAAAGGACGUGAGUGCUGCCAUGCCGCGCAUCGCUGCUAUGUCAAGGGUGACACGCGGCAACCAGCAGGUCAACCACCCUUUCGCGCUUCCCUCUGCUUCCAUCUCUGACCCUUCAGGUGCAAACCAUCUCCUCGUGCUGUACUCUGUCAUCUCCACUCUCAUCGCUAGUCUCAUGGCGCUGCUGUGGGGGAUGGGCGUGACCCACACGCAAGUCAGAGCAUGGUUGUGUCAGCAGGGCUUGGCUUGGUGUGCUGUGUCGAUUUCUUCCAAUGCUGCUGAACAUCUCUCUACCAUCUCUCAUCCUUCUCCUCACUCCUCCACUCCCUUCACCGCGAUCCCCCUCGCCCUCACCAUGCUGCAGCCAUGUGGAAUCUUCCCUCUGCUGCACAGCCCUAUGAAGCGUGUAUGUUUUGGGAUGAAGCGAGUGGGUGAGGUUGUCGUGUCUGUCACAGCUAGUAUGGGAGGAACACACGAGGGGAAAGAGGUGAUGGAGAUGAGAAUGAGGGCGCUUGGCGUGCAGCUGGAAGAGACAAGGAGGGAGUUGGCAGCAUCCAGGGGGGAGGUCACUGCAGUGAAAGGGGAGUUUGUUGCAGUGAAAGGGGAGUUUGUUGCAGUGAAAGAUGAGACAGAGAUGAGAUUGAGGGCGCUUGGCAUGCAGCUAGAAGAGACAAGGAGCGAGUUGGAGGAGGUUGAGAGGAGAAGGGCAGCGGAGAUGAGGGAGAUGAGAGGGCAGGGGGAGGAGAGGGAGGGGAAGCUGGCAUCAGCAUUGGCUGCAGUUAAGGUUGAGUUGGCUACAGUGCAAGGGGAGGUGGCCGAACACAAGCAGUCAAAUAGAUUGCAGCUGGAGCAGGCUGAGAGGAGACGAGUGGCGGAGAUGAGGGGGCAGGUGGAGGAGAGGGAGAGAGAGGUGGCAGCAGUGAAGGGGGAGCUGGCUGCACACAAGGAGGGUAUGAAAGAGAAAUGGGAUGUGGCAGAGAGAAGAAGGCAAUCGGAUUUGAUAGAGCUGAGAGAGGAGGUCAGGAAGAAAGAGGAUGAGAUGAGACAGGAGCUGGCAAGGGAGAAGGAGGAGAGGAGGAGGGAGGUGCAAGAUGUUGAGAGGAGAACAGCAGCAGAGCUGAGAGGGCAGGUGAAGAAGAGAGAGAGGGAGCUGGCUGAAAAGGAGAGCGCGCUGAAUGCUCUCAUGACGCUGCAUGCUUUACGGAAACUCGUCCAGAGUGAAGGCAAGCAGGAGACGGCAUGGGAGCGAAUCGAGGCAGCAUCACGAGCAACCAGUGUGAGCCUAGCGAAUAUCGACGGCCUCUCCGACGACAUGCUCCGCCGUGUAUCCACGAUGUCCCAACUGAAGUUCAUUGACUUGGAGCGCAGCUCAGGCUUCAGUGCAGAGGGCAUCAAGCACCUCUACAGGCUGCCACGGCUGGAGUUGCUAGACCUGGAUGGCACAGGCGUCCCUGACAGUGCCUUGGAAGGGAUUGAAUCCUUGACCAAUCUCGAGCAGCUCUAUCUGCAACAAACCAAAGUGACUGAUGGUGGGCUGCGGCACUUGAGAGGCCUUUCCUGUCUGAAGGCAUUGUUGCUUUCUCGGUGCAACGGAGUGACGAAUGCUGGCAUGGUGCAUGUGGGGAGGCUGACAGGGCUGGAGAAGCUAGCUCUGGAUGGCACGUCAGUGACCAAUGAUGGGCUGAAGCAGCUGAGUGCCCUGACCAGGCUCAAAACUCUCUGGCCGCCAGAAGGGGGUAAGCGUGAGAAUGAUGAUGUACGCAGGCGGAUAGGCAGGUAG